AUCGUUCUUGUAUCCGGUGUAAAAGAAAAAAAACAAAAUGCAAUAAGGAUAAUGGUCCAAAUUGCGAGGCUUGUAUCAGAAAGGGAGAAGAAUGUGUUACACCAGAGAAUACUAAUAAAAGGGGACCUAAGCCUCGAUUGUUAAUACCAACUGCAGUAGUCACAGUUCCGUCAAAUAAGUCCUCUAAAGAGCAAAAAAAUAAGCAUCCUCAAGGUUUACAUUGUUUGAACGCAAAUACUCAGCAGUUACCUGAAAACGUUCAAUAUGGAACAUUUGGGAAAACGAUCGAAGAUGUGAUGAUUAAUGGAGACAAGGGUGAAGAUUAUGAAAGGAAACAAAACCUCCAGUUAUCAGAAAAAAUUCAAAAUAAAACAGUCUCAUUCGAUUUCUGUGAAUCUUCAGUUAGCCAACCAUUGUCAGAAUCAAUGAUUAACGGAGACAACAGCCAUUUUAAUAUCGACCUGGCUUAUUGGUUGCCUCAAUACGAGUCUCCAUCAAUGUCGCAAAAUAGCUUUAAUCAAAUGCCCAAAGAUUAUUCCGCAUUUUUCUCGACUCAGGAACCAAAAUUUGAAGCUGAAGUCAUUCAAAAUGGCUUGCCGAAGGACGGAGAAAAAGGGGAACACUUUGAUAUCGCACAGUAUUGGGAUGAUUAUUGGGCUGAUUAUCUCAAAGAAAGGGGGGAAUAA